UGGUGAAUCAGUUUGGCGGCUAAACGGAGCCGAGCUGGUCGUUAGUGUAAGUACAUGUGAUAUAUUGCGAGCGUGUUCACGAUGCUAUGGCUACAACACUCUGGUCGACGGCCCACAGAAACACUUGUUGUCAUCAGCACCAACGCCACCUCGUCCGAACACCAUCGCAAAAUUAUGCAAUAAGGUAUUGCUUGUGUCAGCGAGAACAGAAAACCCUUAUUGCCCAGUGCAAUGGAAUCGAACCCUAGUAUCUAUGCACUGAAACACGGCGCGUUAAUGACUGAACUACAUAGGCCGCCUACUAUGUUUUGGUUUCAACAAAUGUAAUCAAAAUACAAUAGUGGUAGGAAAAAAAAUUGCAAUAUAAUGUGACUGCUGAAGGAGAUUAAUUGAAGGUUUGAAUAAUGAAUACCUACAAAGUACGAUUACAGGAAAAAGCCAUUUCUACGGAUCCGGAACUGAUCGAUAGUGGUUGUAAUGAAUAUCAUAUGAAUUAUAUAUUGGCAUCACUAAUAAAUCGCAAAGUUAUAUCAAUAAAAGCGGAUAUUAAUGAUGCCAAAUUGAAAUCGAAGAUACAGCCCCAAUUGCUUGUACAAAGAUUGGCAGAGAAGAAUUCACGCAACAAACGUAAGCUUGGAAAACGUAGGAAAGGCCGUUGUAUGCACUCUUGUCAUAAACACCACCAUCACAACUUUCAUCAUCACCACCAGCAUAAACACAACAUACAAAAUGAACAGUUGUUUCAAAACCAUCAUCAUCAUUGUGAUGGUAUCGUAAGAUCGGAUGGUUUUCCUGGUCCCACCGAAGAAUGGUCUCAAAACCAAAAACGAGUUCCCUAUUUAGGAGGACACAUACUCACUGCAGCGCUACAAAGGUCUACCGCUGGCAUGUUGGAAGACAACCGGCAUUUCGAGGAUGAGCCUAAAACUAAGAUAAAAAGAAAAAACAAAAGGAGGAAGUUUCAAGAAGAUGACAGACAGAUCAUAAUAAAACCUCACCCAAUCCCUACAAUACACCCAGAUGAUCUACCUCAAAGAGCGAGAUGGACAAUCAUAAUAACAGCUGGUCUGCUACUAAUAACUUGUAUGUUGUUAGUUGGCGUUACUCUUCGAAUGGCACCAGUUAUCGAUGAACUCGUUCGUAAUCAAAACGAAGAACUAAUCAACUCGUUAGAUAGAGAAGAAUUUGGCCCGGUUGAAAAUAACACUGAAGAAAUGUUUAAGUAACACAGAAUUAUUAAUUGUGUGAAUAUAGUUUAUUCAUUUUUGAAAUAUAGUUCUAAUAAAUAAAAAUGAUGUCAAACAGAAAACUAAAUGAAACAUUUUACUUACAAUAAAUAAUAAUUAUUUAAGAUAAUUAUUAUCUUUGACAAUCUUUAGUUAUAAUUAAAGAUCGUCAAAGCAUAGUAAACAAACAUAUAUAACAAUGCUAAUGUAUUUUUAUUUAGUAAAAAAUUCUUGAUUUUUAUAUGUAUUUAUAUAUACAAUUGUACAUGAGAAGUUUAACUCAUUUGUUAAAAAAUCUGGAACCUUAAAAAUAAUAAUUUUUUAUUUUAAUAAUUUAAAAUCACUAUGCUGUUAAACAGCAUUUUGUUUUUUUUAAUGUGAUUACUAAACUAUUGUCAAUAAAUUAGCCUACUAAUAUAGCUAUAAACCAAAUAAGGGUAGAUGGUCCAAAUAAUAUUCGAUAUCCAUCCAUAGUCGACUCGUCUAAUAUUUCCAAACAAGAUUUUUCAAAAUAAGUAAGAUGAAUAAAAAGAGUUAAACAUCUAGAUAACUCAAAAAAUGUUGACCAAUGAGACUUUUCAAAUAACAUGCCUAUACUCAUAAAUGACCAUGUAAUAUAAAAUAUAGUGAUCAUCAUACUUGGAGUAUCGAUUUCCUGAAAAAAUAAAUAACAUUUUUUAUUUUUACUCAGUAAAAUUAUUUAUAUUUAAAAUAUUUUCAACAGUAUAACAUUAAAAGUAUUUCUUGAAAUUAAAAUGGCUAACAAUAAACAUCUAAGAAUAUUUUGACAAAUAAAACCUAGGUCGUCUAUGCGAUUUUUUAAAUGAUUUUCUAAAUUUUCAAAUAAAUAUAAUAAUUAAUAAUGUAUAUAUUUUUUUAAUUAAUUUAGUUAUACGCCUAGAUAUAGUUUGAAAAAAUUAUCUGUGGGGGCUAUGGUCUCUCAUACUAUUUCAUAAAUUUUGACAAAAAAUGUGAUGGGAAGGUUUUCUGAAAAAACUGCUUCAUUUCCUCCGUCCUCCCUAAAAUUAAUUUGAGGAGGCUACAAAUUUUUUUAUGAAUGCUAAAACCACCACAUCCACUCAUGCAAACUACGCUAAUGUUUAUAAUUGUAUAAUUAACAGUAAUUUUAUUCAAAAAUAGCAAAUUAUUAUUUAAUAAUGAAUAGUCUGGUGGUAUGACGAAUUAAUUUUUUUAAUAAGUUACUUACUUUAUUAUUACACUUAACUCAAUUAUAAAAAAAAUUAAAAAUAAGGCGAUGAUAAAUAGCGUUUUAGAAUUUAUUUAUAAAAGUCAACUGCUUUUAACAUGCUUGUAUAUUUCGUUUGUUUUUGUCAUUUGUUUUUUAAAAGCUCGAAUAAAAAAACUUAAUUAUUUCAUAUUUUUGAUAGAACUUAAAGUUGUUUUUUAGAUUAAUUUCUUUCCUGUCAUUAAAAAGUUUAAUGUCAACACGAUACUGUACCAUUAAAUAAUAUCAAGUUAUUGUUUUCGGUUGAUUUGACAGUUGAAAUAUUCAGUUUACUUAUAACGUAUUUUGUAAAGAACGAUGUGAUUAAUUACAUGAUUUUGCCACGUCAAAACAAUUAAAUACUAUUGCUAUGCAUUUUCCUUUUAUGAAUGUUAUAGUGUUUUACACUUUGAAUAUUUUAUUGUUAAUGACUUAUUAAAUAUUAAAUAAAUUUGUUUACAUAAUAAAAAUUGAUCACUUGUGGCUAAUUAAUUAAGUAAAAUUAAAACUAUAUUAAAAAUAUUAUUAAUUUAAAAAACUAAAAAAUAUUAAACUCAAAGCCACAAUAACUUAAUGAAAAGUCGAGGAUACUGAGUAAGUGUUUAGCGUUGAUAAUGGUAACAUUGUUUCCGAAAUACGUAUCCGCGACUUUUCAUUAAGUUUUUGUGGCUUUGAGUUUAAUAUUUUUUAGUUUUUUAAAUUAAUAAUAUUUUUAAUAUAGUUUUAAUUUUACAUAAAUUUGUUUACAGUCUAAUAUUUCACUAGCGUGCCAAAUUAAAAGUAUCAAUUAAUUUGAUUAUCAUUAUGAUUACUAAUUAAUUGCCAGUAGAAUGUAUGUGAUUCUUUGAAAAUUGUUAUAAUUACAUUUAAUAUUAGCAUAUGAACUAUUAAUAAGUAUAAUAUUAUCAUUGUUUAUUGACUAUAAUAUAAAUAUAGUUACCAUGAUAAUUUUAUACAGAGGCGGACUAUUGACCUAGGGAUACAAAAAUUGUCGUUUUUUCGCUUCAAAAAAUUCUUACAUUUUUUUUAACAUUCUGGAAAUUAUAAUUGCCUAAUGUAAUUAAAAAUCUAACUUAUUAUCAUUUCUUUUUAACAUUAGUGGUUUUACAUUAACACCAAUUGACCGUGAAUAGAUACAAACCUACGCUUAUCAACGCAAAUUAUUAAAAACUAAAAAAAUA